AGUCAAAAGGGCGGUUACCAGUCCUAUAUGCUACAGGAGUUUCUUCGUGCCGAGCCGACUAUAUCGGAACGAGUCGCAGGCGUAGUCCCAUCCGAAAAAGGGGACAAAGAUAAAACAGACCGCAAUGACAAGGCCAAGAGGGCGAUUAAGGAGUUCGAGAAUGCAUGGGCCAAUGCAGGCCACUGAGUUGCUGUUCUAAGUUGCCAGGGGAUAUUAAUAUGGCGUGCGGCCUCACUUUCAGCUAGCUCAAGUUUUAAAGCCCGGGGUGAGUGGAGGAGUAUUGGAGGCGUACGACCUGCAACACACUGAUAUAGUUCAAUCGACUUUUAUUAGAGUGAGAUGAAGGGGUGUAGAAUUUAGGUUGUAGUUGUGAAAUAAAAAUAAAAAUAAAAUAAAAAUAAAAUAAAAAUAAAAUAAAAAUAAAAUAAAAAUAAAAUAAAAAUAAAAUAAAAAUA